AUGAGCGACAUCGCCAAGAAAACCCUCCCCGCUGGCGCUCAGCAGCCCAAGAGCGCCAAAACAGCCGACACCACCUCCCAAGCCGAACCCUCCGCUCCUCGCUCGGCCCAGGCCGGCGAGGAAGGUGCCUCCAAUGUCACUGAUUCCGAGUCCUACUCCCCAGAGGCCGGGUCCGAGUAUACCCACGAGAAGCAUGGUGGCGACGACGAGCACCUCGAGGGCAUUGAAGAGGAGCCGGGAGAGAUCCAGAUGAAGGACGAUGAGAAGCCUUCCAGCGAUGAUUUCGAGAAGGUGGAAGGAGAAGGCGACGAUGCGCGGACGGAGCUCGAGGCUCAGUCUCGGGAGCAGCCGGACUUUGAUGCCGAUGAUGAUGAUGAUCAGACUGAGGAGACGGAGUCCAAGGCUCAGACUCAGACUCAGACUCAGGGUGACGAAGCUGCUUCUGCCAUUCCUGCUACUGAAGAGGAGGACAAAAAGACUGAGGCCAAGGAAGCUCUCGACAAGGCUUCGGAGGACCAGCCCACUGAGGAAGCGCGCGAGUCUUUCCUCCAGUCGGCCAAGAGCGGUCUGACUGCUGGAAGCACCAUGACCGGCGCGACCAAGAAGACUGGCAAGACGGCCACCUCGCAGGCGCCGACGCAGUCGCAGGAUCAGGCUUCGCAACCCCAGACUGAGCAGGAGGACACCGCCACCGAAACCAAGACUGCUCCCAGUGAGUACACCGCUACCGCCCCUGAUUCUCAGGCACAGCAAACUGGUACUUCGCACCCCAGCGACGAAGUCUCUGGCGAGCAGCAGUACGCCCGCUCCGUCACCUUCGACGAGUCGCAAAACAAGUCGCAGGAGGCUCCAACCGAGUACACCGGCGACGACUCCGCGACUGAGACUGCCACGCAAACCGGCACCGCCACUCAAUCCCAGUCCCAGACCCAGCCCUCCCACCCUUCGGACGAAGUCUCCGGCAUGGACCAAUACACCGGCACGGGCACCACCACCUAUGACUACGGUAGCCACACCGCCACCGCGCCAACCCAGACAGGCGAAACCGGGCAGACCGGCACGGGCACUACUACCUACGACUACGGCGGCCGCACCGAGACCGCGCCAACCCAAACGGGCGAGACCGAGCAGACCGAGCAGACUGGCGAGGGUGCGCCCACCGGCGAGUCCGUCACCGUCGCUGAGGAUCUCGACUUCUCUGUGCUCAAAGGCGGCAAGGUCAACAAGGGCGGCAACAUCAUCGACUCUGAUGGCAAGAUCGUCGGGCGCGUCGUGUCGGGUAUCCUGCAGUACCUUGUUGGCAAGAGGGUCGACGAGAACGGAGAUAUCUGGUCCGACAACGGAAAGGUUAUCGGCAAGGCCGAGCCGAUUUCCGACAGCGAGAGGGAGGACAUGCUCAAGGAGCCGGCGCCGUUUGAGUCCUUCCCCGAUGCCGUGGUCGAUGGCAAUGGCAUGGUUGUCAGCAAUGGCGAGUGGGUUGGUAAGGUCACUGAGGGUGAUUUGAAGGUUCUCAGAGGCAAGAGCGUUGAUGCCGAUGGCGAUAUCAUGGACAAGUCCGGAAACGUCAUCGGCCGCGCGGAACGCUGGGAGCCGGAGCCCGAGGAGGAGCCUGAGCCGGAGGCUGAGGUGGAUAAGAGCAUCUUGGCCGGCAAGAGAGUUAAUAAGGCGGGCAAUGUGGUUGAUGGCUCGGGAGUCAUCUAUGGCCGCGUGGUGGAGGGUGAUGUGAAGAGGAUGGUUGGCCGUAUGUGCGAUAAGAACGGCAACAUUCUCAGUGAGAGCGGUGAUGUCCUCGGCAAGGCCGAUCUCGUGCCCGAGGGCGAGCGUGAGGGCAUGAAGGAGGGUUCCUUCUCUGAGCUCGAUGGUUGCACUGUUGCCAAGGAUGGAACCAUUGUCACUCCUGGUGGUGAUAUCGUCGGCCGUCUCGUCAAUGGUGAUCCCAAGGUCCUCUUCGGUCGUCCUGUUGAUGACGAUGGUGAUGUCCUCGACAAGAAUGGCAACGUUCUCGGCCAUGCUGAGCGCUGGACACCCGAGGAGGUUGAGAGGAAGAAGAACCCCAUGUCUGGCCACAAGGUCAACCGUGAGGGCAACGUUGUCGACGAAGACGGCAACAUCAUCGGCAAGUUGACCUCUGGUGACCCGCAGUCUUGCUCUGGUAAGGAGGUCGACGAUGACGGAGACGUUAUUGACUACAAGGGCACUGUCAUCGGCCACUGCACCCUCCUCGAAGACAUCAGAGACGAGGAGUCGCCCGAGGAGAAGGAGAAGAAGGAGCAGGCUGAGAAGGACAAGAAGCUGGCCCUUCAAAUGGCUGUCUGCAUCGAGCAGUGUCUCGACAAGAUUCGUCCUCUCUGCAAGAUGAUCACCGAGAAAAUCGACAAGGCCGAACGCACUCCCGAGGAUGAGCGUGACGAAGAGGCGCUCGUCAGGGAAGUCAAGCCUUUGAUCGAGGAAGGCGGUCGCAUCCUCACCGAGGCCAAGGGCAUCAUCAAGGGUCUCGACCCUGACGGCCGCAUCGCAGCCAACGCCAAGCACAAGACUGCUGCGCGCGAGGCCACUCCAGAGGAGUACCACUUGGCCGAAGUCCUCAAGGACCUCACUGGUGACGUUACCCAGUGCAUCGAAAACGCCAAGAAGAAGCUUGAAGACAUGCCGCAUGCGAAGAAGGAGCUCAACCCUCUCUGGGGUCUCCUCAACGAGCCACUCUUCCAGAUCCUGGCUGCCGUUGGCUUGCUCCUGGCCGGUGUUCUUAACCUUGUCGGCAGAUUGCUGGGCGGUCUUGGUCUUGGUGGUCUUGUUGAUGGCCUUUUGGGUACCCUUGGUCUCAACCGCGUUCUUUCCGGUCUCGGUCUUGGUUCCGUUACCAAGGGCUUGACUGGGGCCGGCAAGAAGAAGAACGGUGGCCUCUUGGGCCUUGGUGGCUAA